AUGCCUGUCAUCUCUCGUCUUUUCUCUGUGGUCCUCCGCAUUGCGGAACUCGCUUGUGCCGCUGUUGUCGCUGGUAUCGUCGGAUACUACCUCCACAUCUGGCACGAAGACCACCUCAGCGCCUGGGACCAAGGUCGCUGGAUCUACACCGAAGUGAUCGCAGGUCUGUCUCUGCUACUAGGCUUGCUCUGGUUGAUUCCCACUGCUCAUACAUUCUUCAUCUGGCCCAUUGAUCUUAUUAUCGCGCUCUGCUGGUUUGCCGCUUUUGGUCUCGAGGUCGAUGCCUUGAACGGUCUCCCAUGCGGCGGUGCCUUUGACUGGGGUUAUAUCGGUGACAAUGACUUGUGUGGUCGCUGGAAGGCUGCUGAAGCGUUCAGCUUCUUGUCUGCAGUGAUCUGGCUUGUAUCUGCUAUCCUUGGCAUCUACUUCGUCUGGCGCGUUGACCAUCGCCGCCGCAACUACUACUAUGGACGCUACGCUGUCUAA